UUUUGACUGUUUUGUCUUAAGAAGUCAAACUAAAAAGUUUAAAUCACCAUGAAGUUCUUCCUGAUGUUAAUGUUGAUUGGAGCCAGCAUGCUUUUCUCCAAAGCGCUGCAGCCUUUCGGCCCAGGUUACAACAGACACUGCAUGUGUGUGAAACUCGAGUCGAGGGUAAUCCCACCAGAUAACUUGCAAAGUGUGGAGAUCUUGCCCAGAGGUCAUCACUGUAAGACUACAGAGGUCAUUGCCGGUUUAUCAAGUGGAGAGAAGAUCUGCCUUAACCCCAGGACACCAUGGGUUAGAAAACUCAUUAACUUUAUUGAGAAAAAAGAAAGAAGCAACAAGAAAGAGUAAAAGACACUCAUACCACUUUGAUUACAUCUAUUCACAAGACACCUUCGCCAUGUUUUCUGUGACAUUCAUCAAAGGUUAAUCUCUACCAAAUGUAUUUUUGCAUCAAUCUUUUGUUAUAAGGCUACUUCUGUUGUAAUAGUUGUAUAAUGUAUGGAUGGUUCUGUUAAGUUUUUAAUAAAUACUA